UUCGUUUCAGCUGAUCUGUGUACUUCCCAUAAAAAAUGUAAAAUAUUAGCGAUUAAAAGACGGAUUGGCUAACAAAGAAAACUUGUAUUACUAAAUAAAGCAAAAUAGUUACGACUUACACCUGUUGACUGGCGAUCCUUACGAAAGAAAAUUUAAUAUUGCAUAUUCACAGACAUAUAUGUAUAUAUGCAAAUAUAUUUACACCAAUGUAUAUAAAGGCAUAUAAUUUAUAUAUUAUGUACAAUUGAUGUAAUCAACGUGACGUAGCAUAAUAUCUAAUUGUGAUACAGAUUGAAUGCAGUUUUAGUAAAUCUAUUUAACAAGUGCUCCAAAUUCUUGAUCAUAUCGUAAGCAUCAUUGAGUUCGAAUUUAGCAGAAUGUCGUUGAUACUUUGUAUGCGUGCUGGCUUUGUGAAAAGUCGAAGAUUUCCUUCAGCCAGGACCCUUGAGCAAAAUUAUGUGACGUAUGUUCAAGGCCAGUCCCCUCAACCCCGCAUUCGAGAGUACUUCUAUUACAUCGAUCAUCAAGGCAUGUUGUUCCUGGAUGACGUCCGCAUAAGGAAUUUCACUUCCUGCUUUAAAGAUAAGAGAUUCUUGGCAUUUUUCUUCAAGCGCCUGGGAAAAAACAACACUGGACGUUACAUGGACGACUUUCCGUUCUUGUCAAUUUGUGGUGUGGAGAGGAACUAUGUGAGAUGUGACGAUCUGCCAGUGGUUUUUACAAAGGUGAUUCAAAAACGUAACGCGAAAACUGAUGUGGAAGAGGAUUGGUUCAGUUACGCACACGCAGACGAUUUGCUAAUGGUACCAUUUGAGCCACAAAGGUUGUUUAUGAAUGUUAAAACGGGAAGAGUGUAUCAUCCCGCAUCGGAAAAAGCGAACGGAAUCGGCCUAGUAAGAUCCAAUCUGGCUAUCGAAUUUAGCACUUCAUUUGACUUUGAAAACGGCGAGAGAAAUGCGCCGACGCAUUUCGUAUGGAGAGAUAAGCGAUACCAGCUCGACACGGAAUGGUAUAGAGACAAAUUGUCACAUGGAGCAAAUAUAACGAAGCUUUGUUCAUAAUUUGUUAACAGACCAGACAACUAUAAAAAAAAGGCUUCUCCAGUGAUCUGGAUGUACGUUGAUCCUAAACUUUAAAAGGUUUUCAGUUAUCGCUCUUUGCUCAUUAAAAACUGAUAAGAGUGUAUAAACGAGUUUCAAAUACAAUAGCGAUUAGAAAUUUUAUUAUCUA